GAAGGGGCGCGGGGGGUGCGGCCGCCUCUGGCCCGCACGCGUGGGGGUUCUCUGUGGGAAGAGCUGAAACCCCCCGGUCGGAAUGCCUGGGUGUUGGUAGAGCCGUGUUUUCGGCGGGACAAGCGGGCGCCUCUCCGUGUCCCCAGGAUGGAGCGGACGCACCAGCUGGAGCUGUUCCCUAACUACAACGUCACGCUGCUUCUCUUCCGACACGUGAAAAAUGCCGCUGCUCUACGGAGAAAAGCCAUGGAAGGAUCCCUCGAAGGAGCGCUGAUAAACCCUGCGAUGAUUGUAGAUCCUUUUCAAAUUCUCGUGGCAGCCAACAAAGCAGUACAUCUACAAGAGAUAGAUAAAAUGAAGACCAGAACUCUCUAUGCAGAAAUUAUUUUCAACCUUUCACCAAACAACAAUAUUUCAGAUGCAUUUAAAAAGUUUGGCAUUUCAGACAGUGACACAGCAGUACUCAUUGUUCUGCUGGAUAGCUACAAAACUGUAAAUCUGGAAGAUAUAGCAUCACAAGUGGAAGGCCAACAGGUUUCUCUAGAUGAACUCCCUCAGCUAACAGACACUGCCAGAGUUAAAAAGAUAUACAAAGUUACUCCACAAGAAGAAAAAAUCAGCACCUUAUUGGAUAGUGUUGUUUGCAGAAUGUCAACGAAAGAUGUCUUAUGAAAAUGUGGAAAUACAUUUUUUUAAAAGGAAAAAGGACUUUUUAAGGUGUAGAAACACUUCAUUGCAGUUCAUCUUACAUUUCAGAGAAAGUGGAAUAGUACUGAGUAGUUUGAUGACAUCUGAUCUUUAACCAAGCUUGGAUACCAACCUUAGUAAUCUUAUCUGUGUUCUAAGCACAGAGAGCAAUUCUGCCACGCAAAGCAGAAUUUGCCGUUGGUAUUUCUGUCCUUUUUCUUGACAAGGGAAAAUUGCCACUGCUCUAAGCUGAACAUAAACAGAAGGACUGGAAAUCUCUA